UUUAAUACACGUAAACGCCAUGAUAUACAUAUCCUUUAAUUGCCCCAAAAGCAGCAGCAAACGCUCUCUUCGCCAAGCGCAGCGCUAUGAAGUGCAAUUGCAGACUGAGAUUUGAUGUGCUUUCCCUCCGAUCUUCGUAGCUUCCGAUUGCAUGAUGAUUUCUCUGGAUCAUAAAGAUGCUAUGCAGAGUAACCAUGAGACUUCAAUAAAAAAGAUUCAAAAUGCGGGUUACUUGUGUUCUCCAUCACAUAAAACGGCCUACUUUGAAGGUUUUCCAGAGUUGCAUGAUGAUGCCCCUGUUCGAACAGGUUCAAAUUCAGGUUCAGGUUCAGGUUCAGGUUCGGGUGCUAUAGAUCAAGAUUGCCCCUUAAGCAGUGAGCCUGUAGAACCUCUUGAGGAAUCUACGAAGAGGCCCUUAUAUUAUCACGACUUUGGCAAAUGGUCUAGGAAUCCUGGCUGUAACAAUGCUCUUAUGUGCCACCUGAAUGUCUUUCAUGCCCACUUUCACCCUUCUGCAAUGAACUACAGAUUUCAGCGUGUCCCAGCACAUAUGAUGGCUCAGAGUUAUCUACAUGAUAAACAAUUCCAAGAUUUCCAAUAUUUUGUUGUCAUCGACUUUGAGGCCACAUGUGACAAAGAAAGAGUUCCUUAUCCACAAGAGAUUAUUGAGUUUCCAUCUGUGAUAGUCAGCAGCAUUACCGGACAGCUAGAAGACAGCUUUCAGACGUAUGUUCGCCCGACUUGUAAUCAACACCUAACUGAUUUCUGCAAAGAUCUGACGGGCAUACAGCAAAUCCAGGUUGACCGUGGAGUUUCGCUAAGUGAAGCUCUUCUCAGCCACGACAAAUGGCUUGAAAACAAAGGAAUAAAGAAUGCCAACUUCGCGAUAGUAACAUGGUCUGAUUGGGAUUGCCAGGUGAUGUUGGAAUCCGAGUGCCGCUUCAAACAAAUCCGAAAGCCUCCAUAUUUCAACCGAUGGAUCGAUUUGCGAGUCCCCUUUCGCGAGGUGUUCGGUGGGGGGAGGUGCAACCUGAAAGAGGCAGUCGAGAAGGCUGGCCUAUCGUGGCAAGGCCGUGCUCACUGUGGACUGGACGACGCCAGAAACACUGCCUGCCUUCUGGCUUUGCUCAUGCACAGGGGGUUCAAGUUCUCCAUCACCAACUCACUCACUCGCGACGAACCCUUGAUGACCAACGCGCCACCAGAAAAGCCGGUUUUCAUCGCGCCACGUGCACAAAGGCAGCACCAGAACCCGUUUUGUUACUGUGGGGUGAAAAGCAGCAAAGGGAUAGUGAGGAAACCAGGUCCUAGGCAAGGGAGCAUCUUCUUUGGAUGUGGGAAUUGGACAGCUGCAAGAGGUGCCCUUUGCCAAUACUUCCAAUGGGCUUCUUUGUGAUCAAUCUAUCUAUUUUGAUCAUAUUUUAUUCGAGGGAUACUGAGAUUAUUUUCUUUCUUUAAAUAAUUUUGCAAGUUUUUCCUUUGGGAGGUUAGGUAAUGAUGAGAAGCACUUCUUAGUUUUAGUAAGUAAAUAAUGAAAAUUGAGAGGUAAGUUGUGGGAUUGAUUAGUCUUUCUAUGAAUCUAGGUCGUGAAUAUGAACAAUUGGAAUAGAGAGGCUGACUAGAAAGGAAAACAAUUGCACUUUAGUGCAAGGGUGUUUGGCGUUGAAGUACACGAA